AUGUCUGGCGAGCCGGUGGAAAAGGUCCCUUCGAUGGACGUGCGAGCCGCCAGCUCGAGCGAUGGCUCGCAGCAUUCCAAGAAGAACGCUGAUGGCAUCGUGCUGAUCCCGCAGCCUAGCGAUGACCCGGAAGAUCCUCUUAACUGGUCCUUCCAAAGGAAGAUCCUCAUCUUCGCCUCCAUCUGCCUGGCGGGUUUCGCCGCGCAGAUGUCGCCCAACUCCAACCAACUCACCUUCGUCUACCAAGUGCCGGCCUACCAUAAGACGCAGCUCGACCUGCUGAACUCGGUGGCCGCCGGUCUGGCCGGAUGGGUCGCCGGCCCUUUCUUCAUUAUUCCCUUCGUGGCGGUCAUCGGCCGCAGUGCCGUCGUGUUCUGGAGUCUCGUCGCCUGUUUCGCCUGCCAGAUCUGGGCCGCCGAGAUGACCGGCCCGGGUGACUACAUCUCGUUCACCAUCUCGCGUCUCUUCUGCGGUCUGUUCGGCGGUAUCCCGGCCAUCCUGGGCAGUGGGUACAUCAUGGAUUUGUUCUUCCUGCACCAGCGAGGCAAGGCAUUCGCCAUCUUCGAGGUACUGAUCAUCUUCGCCGUCGUCGGUGGCGGCACCCUCGGCGGCUUCAUCGCCGAGAGCAGGCCCUGGAACUACGUCUUCUGGUGGACCCUGGGCCCUGUGGGCGCGGCUAUCCUGGCCGUGUUCUGCUUCGUCGAGGACACGACCUUCUCGCGCGAUGCCUCCACCCCGUCUCGUGCGCCCCUGCCCACGAACUGGAUCGCCAACCGCAUCGCCACCUUCUUCCCCGGCGUCAAAACCACCCCAUCGAACAAGGGCUCUGAAUUCGUCCGCCGCGCCAUCAUCCCCCUCCAAGUCACCUUCUCCCCCAUCACCCUCCUCACCGGCACCUACAUCUUCAUCGCCCUCGGCCUCCCCAUCAUGCAAGCCUCGACGCUCGCCACCUUCCUGGAACCCCCCGUGGAAGCCGGCGGCUACGGGUUCUCGUCCCUCCGCAUGGCCUUCUUCACCAUGACCGCCUGGGUGGGUAUCAUCUGCGCCCAAGUCUUCGGGUUCUUCUUCAACGACAAGAUUCCGCUCUGGCUGGCGCGCCGUCGCGGCGGGACCUGGCACCCGGAGUACCGGCUCGCGAACACCGCACUGCCCUGCAUCAUCCUGCCCAUCGGGCUGGGGAUCUACGGCGCCGCGCUACAGUACCACCUACACAUCAUGGUCCUCGCGCUGGGGUCAUUCCUGAUCUGGUUCGGGGCCCUGCUGGCACUCCCCGUAUGCUACAACUACAUCAUCGAGUGCUUCCUGCAUAAUCCCGUGGAGGCGUCUGUGUCGCUGAACGCGUACCGGGUGUCCUUCGGGCUGAUGUCGGUAUUUAUCGUGACGCAGUGGCAGGGGGCAGUCGGGGUGGGGUGGAUGUGGGGGAUGGGGGCGUUCUUCAUCGUGUUUGUGGAUCUGAUUAUGGUGGCGAUUGUGUUGAAGGGGCAUUUGGUGAGGCGGUGGACGAGGGGGUUGAGUGAUGAGAUUGGCGUCACGGAGGAUGGGGAGAUGGUGAGUUCGAAGGCGCCGGGGGUUUGAUUUCGCGAUCUCCUGGGGUUGGGGUGCGCUUGAGUAUAAGCUUUCAAUUGUAUAUGAUAGGUGAUAUGGUUUAAUUCGGA